GGAUCGGUACUGUAACUGUGGGACAAUUUUUCGCCUCGUUGUAACUUGUAUACGGUAGCUUAUCUGUGGCUAUAAGCAAGUUGACUAUUCCGUUAGCUACAACACAGAAUCUGAAGGGUUGGAGUUAGGACAGCAUCAUGGCAAAGCGGAGAGCAGGGACUGAGCUGACUGACAGGAACUGGGAGAAUGAAGAGGAACCAGAGGAUCCUGGGCAAUUUCAGGCUGCAGGAAAUGAGGUCUUAUCCCGACGUGUCAUCCGAGUAGCCAAGCGCAGAGUAAAAGCAGGAGAAGGCGAUGAUUCUCCCCAGGACGAUAAUACCAAGCCCAGCCCGUUCGCAGGUUUUGCCUUUGCCGCCAACAAAGCACCUACAAGUUUCAGCUUUAAAUCUACAAAGACUGACGCACCCACGGUCACCCCGUUCAGCUUCAAACCCUCCAUUCCUGAUAAACCUCCCACAUUAGCCACAGCUGAUACACUCACUGUUUCUACAGCAGCUUCAAAACUCCCCGCCUUCGGUAGCGCAAAACCAUCUACAAUCAGUACGAAUGGAACCGGGAGUAGUCUGUCGACCAGCAGGACUCAAACACCGCCCUCAACUUCACCGAGCCCACAGUACUCGCAGAAGUUGCAAAACUUGAACCGCUCCGUCAGUGCCUGGAUCCAGAAGCAUGUUAACGAGAACCCAGUCUGCGAUCUGACUCCUAUCUUUGAAGACUACAAGAAGCAUCUGCGAGAGAUUGAGAAGCUUCGGGCAGACAACACGAAGGAUGUCAGCACCCAACAAGCAGAGAGGUCCACGGAAUCCGGAUCAAAAGCUCCAACGGCGAUAUCAACCUUCUCGUUUGGGAAAUCCUCGGACACAAAACAGGACAGCAAACCGUCCGACACUGAGAUGGCUACAUCCACUCCUGCCACCUUUUCAUUCGGGACGUCAGACACAAAGAUGACGGGACUUCCCAAAUCAGAUUUCUCCUUCAAGGUCACCUCAGCGACCCCAGCCUCUGUCAGCUCAGGGUUUUCGUUUGGCAGAAGUGACACUGCACCGAUGGGCACAGGCUUCUCAGCCGGGACGUUUGAAGCGUCCGCAGCAGGGUCAAUGUUUGGAUCAGGCAAGCCCUUCUCACUUGGUGGAGUUAAACCAUCAGAUACCGCAACACCAGCUUCUGCAGUCUCAAAGACUGGGAAUGAAGACGACUACGAACCACCAAAGGAAGAGGUCAAAGUUGUUCAGGAGAAGGACUCUCUGUACUCCAAGAGGUGUAAGAUUUUUUACAAGAAAGGUGAUGCCUACCAGGACCGUGGAGUGGGUAUGCUACACCUGAAGAAAACCGGCGACACAUUGCAGCUUCUCGUCCGAGCUGAUACUAAUCUAGGCAACGUCCUCCUCAACAUCACACUCCCAGGCUCCCUACCAGUCAGUCGACAAGGCAAGAACAACCUCCUCCUCAUGACACCCCUCAACCCCCCGGUGGACCGGACCUGCCCUACAUGCAACAAGAAAUACCCCAGGCCACAGGAGAGCAACGCCUGCGACAGCGGAUGCACCCCUGAAGCAACUGCACUGCUGCUUCGUGUCAAGACCAGUGGUGAUGCUGAUGAGGCGUUUGAGAAAAUCAAUGAACUGAGAAAUGUAUAAUUGCUAUUAAACUGUUCAGCUUUUUAAAGAUGUCAUUUUCCCCUCUUUUUAGUUUAAUUACAAGAAACACGGAUCCAUACUGCAGUAUUAUGGAUGUAAUCACAAGAAACAUGGAUCCAUACUGCAGUAUUGUGGAUGUAAUCACAAGAAACAUGGAUCCAUACUGCAGUAUUGUGGAUAUAAUUACAAGAAACAUGGAUCCAUACUGCAGUAUUGUGGAUAUAAUUACAAGAAACAUGGAUCCAUACUGCAGUAUUGUGGAUAUAAUUACAAGAAACAUGGAUCCAUACUGCAGUAUUGUGGAUAUAAUUACAAGAAACAUGGAUCCAUACUGCAGUAUUGUGGAUAUAAUUACAAGAAACAUGGAUCCAUACUGCAGUAUUGUGGAUAUAAUUACAAGAAACAUUGAUCCAUACUGCAGUAUUGUGGAUAUAAUUACAAGAAACAUGGAUCCAUGCUGCAGUAUUGUGGAUAUAAUUACAAGAAACAUGGAUCCACACUGCAGUAUUAUGGAUGUAAUCACAAGAAACAUGGAUCCAUACUGCAGUAUUAUAGAUGUAAUUACAAGAAACAUGGAUCCAUACUGCAGUAUUGUGGAUAUAAUUACAAGAAACAUGGAUCCAUACUGCAGUAUUGUGGAUAUAA